AUGUCAGCGGGGUCAUCCCGAAUCCUCGCCAAGCGGGUUCCGCAAAAGAUCUGUGAGGUCACGGAAGAUGUACAAGACUGGGAAAAUCACCUUAUUCUACGAGUCCCAACCGAUGUGGCCGGCAGGGUGGAUGCAAUGCUUGCGGAGAGCCAGAACAAAGAGGUGGAUGAUUUAGCUAUACAGUUUACUUCAACGGAUAUGAGGCAUGCGAACGUCCGCCUCGGAACACACAUUAUGAGUGCUAAAAUCUAUGACCUACCAUGCAUUGUAGAAGUAGUGAAAACUCUUGAUAAAAAAACGACUUACAAAGUUGCUGAUUUGUCUCAAAUUGUGGUAUGCAGUCAUGAUCUAUCAGUAGCACCUGCUGAGUCUCAAGUGAAACCUGGCAGUAAAAAGGAGAUGAAGCAGUGGCAGUAUCCUCACGGGUUGACUCCACCCAUGAAAAGUGUGAGACAACGACGGUUCCGUAAGACAAAGAAAAAGAAAUAUAUGGAGGCCCCAGAAGUCGAAAGAGAACUUAAACGUUUACUCCGUGCAGACCUCGAGGCAGAUUCGUUCCGUUGGGAAAUCGUUCCAGCCGAUGAGAAACGCAAGGACUCUGCGUCAGUAUCGGAACAAACGUUGUUCGGCGACAAGGUUAGCAGCAGUGAUGACGAAGAGGCUAUUCCUCAAGUGGAGAAGGAUGAUUGA